AUGAAUUAUUAUUUAUAUAAAAAUUAUUCUCCUUCAAAAUAUAUAAAAAGUUAUAAUUUAUUUAAAAAAAACAAAAAUGUAAAAUACUUUAGUUAUGCACCAAUUCCUAAAAGAGUAGGAUUUACUAAACCUACAUUUAAGUUAAAUAGAAAAGCACAAAAAUAUAUAGUUAAUGUUCAGUGGUUAAAAAGUAGUGAUAAAAAAAAAUUAGAAAAAUUAUGUAAAAAUAUAAUAAAAGAUGCCAAUUCAUUUAAUAGCUAUGAAAUUAUUGAUUUAAUAUAUUAUUUAAGCAAACAUUCUUAUAAAAACAUUUAUUUAACUAUAGAACCAUUGUUAUUUCAUUUUUUUCUUAAAUAUAAUACUUCAGUUAACUUAAAUGGUAUUUCCCUUCAUAGAUUAUUGAGAGUACUCACAGAGUAUCAGGACUUAGUAUAUAGAGAAUGGAUAUACUCAAUUGCAAAAAUUAUCUCAAAAAAACAUGCUCAUAUAUCAAUGAGAGAUAUUCAACUUAUUUUAGAUGAUUUAGCUCUAUUUUAUGAUUUUCAAAUACAGUGUCAAAUAAUUCCGUUUUAUAAAACUAUAAUAAAUAGAAUUAACGAACUAGAAAUAAAAAGAUUACCUUUUCUUAUACAUGUUAUUGGUAGAAUUGGAUGUAAUAAUAAUGAUUUAUUAAAUAUUUUAUUUAACACUUUAAGAAAAAAUAUUUGUAAAAAUGAGUUGUAUAGAUCAGAUUUUUCAGGUUUAAUGUUGAGGGGUUUAGCAAAUCUUAAAAUAUUACCUGAUAAAAAUAUUUUAUAUCAAUUAUAUAAACCCGUAAGAGAUAAUAUAAAUUAUACUAAUAUAAAAUAUAUAUCGUGGUGUGCUGAUGGAUUUUCGAGGUUAAAUUAUUUCUUCCCAUUACCCCUACUUGUAAAUCAAAUAUUAAAAAUGAAAGAUAAAAUCUCCCAUCUUGAACUUAAUGAUUUUUCUUCUAUACUAAAUUGUAUUCAAGCAUAUAUUUUAAUAAAACUUUAUAACAAUCAUAGUGUGAAUUCAAAUAUGUCAAAAGGAAAAAGUUUUACAUUAUCUAGUAAAAAUAAUAAGAACAGUCUUUCUAAUAAUCAAGACCAAUUUAAUAGUGAUAUUUUGAAUAUUGAAACAAGUAAAAAUUUUAAAUGUUUUGAAAAUGACGAUAAUUUAAAUACUUUACAAAAUACAAAUAGUUCUAUGAAUAAAAAUUUAUAUAUUGAAAACCAAACACAUAUCGAAGAAAAUUUAAAAAAAGAAGAAAAAUUAUUUAUGAAUGAAAAUAACUAUUUGAAUGAAGAAAAAAAGUAUAUUAUUGAAAAUAAAGAGAAAUCAUUUUUUUCCAAUUUAAACCAUCAAACAAACCAUAAAGAAAAAAAAAAAAAAAAUGAUAUUAUCAUAGACAAAAAUGAAUUUAAUGUAAAAAAGGAAGGUAAGUAUAAUAACAAAGACGGCUGUAAGGAUAGUUAUUUAGAAAAUAAAGAAAGUAUAAACAUUUUCGAUGAAGAUACAAAAUCAAGUUCAAAUAAAAAAUAUUUAAAUGGAAUAUAUUCUAAUUUUGAUAUUAAUGAUAACUUAAUAUCUGUUGAAAAAUUAUAUGACAUUUAUUUAAAAUUAGAAAAUUUAAUUAUAGAAAAGAUUAGUGAAAGCAUUUAUAACAGUACCCCUCCUUAUAGAGUUAUUAUGUUUGAAUUGAUGACUAGAUUAUUUAGGUUUUAUGGGAAACCAAUUGAUCUAAUUUUAAACAUGAAAACACAUAGAUAUGAUACUUCAUUAUUAUUAAAAUAUACUAAUAGUUUGCAACUCAUUAUAUCUGAUCAAAAUAGUAGACAAAAAAGUAAUUCAGAAUUAUCUUUUUAUGUCAGACAAUUUGAUAUCUCAAAUGAAUUUUUUUUUGGAGAUGUAGGAAGUCUUGAAGAACCUCAAGAUUUAUUAGAUAAAGAAGAAAUAAAGAAAUUAGAGUGUGAAAAUAUGCAUGAACUAGCUAAAAAUAUAAAACAAAAAAAAAAUAAAGCAGAUAUAAUCGAAAAAACAUCCAUUGAUAAUAAUCAACAAAAAAUAAACGGAAAUAAUACAAAAUGUCAGAAUGAAGAAAAUCAUUUAAAUGUGAACAUUCCGUUGCCAAAAAUUUUUAAAAAUUUUUUGCACUCAAUAUUUUUUAGAACACCAGCAUUAGGAGGAAGAACCAUUAUGCUACUAUUAAUUGCAUUAGUGAGAUUAAAUUUUGGAGAAAGAGAAAAAUUAGAGUAUUUAAACCCAAUUAAUUCUCAUAUUUUACCUUUUAUGAAAGCCAAUGAAAUAUAUAGACCGUUGACAAAAUGCAUUAUUCGUGAAAUGAUUAGAAAACUAGAAACAUUUAAUGCAGAAGAAUUGAUCAUAUGUGCAAUAUGUCUAAAUGAAUUAGACGCUCUGAAUUUAAAUAAUGAUUUUUUUUCAUUACUAAUUGACAGACUUCUUAAUUUAAAAAAGGAUAAUUAUAUAAGCAAAGAUCAAUUAUUACAAUUAAAAAAAUUGUUCAACUUUUGGUUUAACAAAAAAAAAAAUCUUAUGAAAACCUUAAAUUUUACAUCAAUAAAACAAAUUAAAAAAUAUUUUUUUACCUAA